CUUAUAUACAGCUUCAUUUGUAGCUGUUUCCUAAUUUGGACAUAUAAAAUAAAUUGUUCUCUAUUGGUAUUGGAACCCCUGGCUACUGUUAUCUAACGUUAAUGUUUUGUAAUCAUGCAUCCAAAUAGAUAAUAAGUUGACAGUUUGUUUUGCUUUACUUUUAAUGAAAAUAUUUUAUGAUAACUUCGUAUAUUUAAACUAUUAACGUAUAACAUAAAGGACUUGAAACAUAUUUCAUUCCGACAAACAUAAUGAAGUAGCAGGUCUGAGAAAUGGAGAGCCAACCAAAAGUUAAAGUUUCAACUGCUGAUCUCAUUGCUGCAAGAAGAAAAGAAUUCUUACAAACAAACAUGAACAAUCGUAAUAUAUAUGAUCAAGUUUAUGAUAACUAUAAAAAUUCUAGACAUUAUAUUGAUAAAAUUUGUCAAAAUACUGGUAUUAUUUAUGAUGACAAUUUUGCUGUUCAUUCAUGUGUGUGGGAUCAAUCUUAUCCUGAGAAUCCCCAACGCUAUGAAUCAAUCAUUAAAAGAUGUAAAGAAUUAGGACUUAUAGAGAGAUGUGUACAUAUUCCAUGUAGGAAAGCAACUAAUGAAGAGUUAAGAAUGAAACAUUCUCAAGAAAUAAUUGAUUUGUUAAAAUCUACUACAGAUUCUAUAGACUUUGAAAAUUUAGAAAUUUUAUCAUCUAAAUUUGAUGCUAUCUAUAUUCAUCCAGCUACCUAUAAUCAAUCAUUAUUAGCUACUGGUAGCUCAAUUGAGUUAUUAAAAUCUAUUUGUGAAAAUAAAAUACAAAAUGGUAUGGCUUUCAUAAGACCACCAGGACAUCAUGCCAUGAAAUCUGAAUUUUGUGGUUACUGUUUUUUCAAUAAUGUAGCUAUAGCUGCUGAGUAUGUUCUUCGUCAUUAUUCAGUUUCUAAAAUUCUUAUUGUAGAUUGGGAUGUUCACCAUGGACAAGCUACUCAACAAAUGUUUUAUGAUGAUCCUAGAGUUUUGUAUUUUUCUAUUCAUCGUUAUGAAAAUGGUCAAUUUUGGCCUAAUUUACGUGAAAGUGAUUGCGAUUUUACUGGUCAAGGUGACGGUCAAGGUUUUAACAUUAAUGUACCACUAAAUAAUACUAAAAUGAAAGAUUCAGAUUAUCUUGCUAUUUUACAUCAUAUAUUAUUGCCAGUUGUAUCAGAGUUUCAGCCAGAUCUUAUUCUUGUAUCAUCUGGAUAUGAUGCUGCUCUUGGGUGUCCAGAAGGUGAAAUGGAAGUAACUCCAGCUUGUUAUGCUCACAUGAUAAAUGCUCUCAUGGCCCAUGCAUGUGGUAGAGUUGCUGUUUUUUUAGAGGGAGGUUAUUGCUUAAAAUCGCUCGCAGAAGGUGCAGCUCUAACAUUAAGAGGUUUACUUGGAGAUCCAUGUCCAUUACUGGACAUGACAACCAAACCUUGUGAUAGUAUUGUUCAAACUAUACAAAAUGUGAUAAGUGUUCAUCAAAGAUUUUGGAAAUGUUUUCAAAAUGAGUUAUUGGUAAAUUCUUCCUAUAAACCAAUAUUAGUUUAUUUAUACAAUGAACAACCUUUAAGUGUUUUUCCGACUAGAAAUUGUUAUCCACUUCAAGAUUUAUCUAAAAUUGACGACUUUUCAGUGCUUCAACAUUUAAUAUCUGAAACACAGCUUUUAAAUAUAAAAAACAAGUGUGCUAUUUCAUUUGAUUUGAUAAUGGACCAUAAACAUGAAAGUAAUGAAAGUGGACACCCAGAAUGCCCAGGUAGAAUAAGUGCAAUAUUGAAUAUGUUCAAUGAAUUUCAGUUAACAUCUCGGUUUUUAAUUUUACCUUCUAGAGAAGCAGUUAAAAGUGAAUUAAACUUAGCUCAUGCUAAAGAAUAUGUUGAUGAAAUGUCUCUUUUACAUCAGUUGUCAUCAAUAGAAUUAAGUGAAAAGGAAAAAAAUUAUGAUUCAGUAUACUUGACCCCUGACACAUACAAAGUAUCAACCCUAGCUACUGGUUGUUUAUUACAAGUUAUUGAUUCCGUUAUGUGCAAUGAAAGUAUAUCUGGUGUUGCAGUAAUAAGACCACCUGGCCAUCAUGCUGAAAAAGAGCUUGCUUGUGGAUUUUGUAUUUUUAAUUCUGUUGCAGUUGGUGCAACCUAUGCUUUACAGAAAUAUAGUCUUAAAAGGAUUUUAAUUUUGGAUUGGGAUAUUCAUUUUGGUAAUGGAACAAUGAGAGCAUUUAGUUCGGAUCCAAGGGUUUUGUAUAUAUCUAUUCAUCGAUAUCAAAAUGCAAAGUUUUUUCCGUGUUCAGAAGAAGGAUCUCAUAAAGUAACAGGUUAUGGAGAAGGUGAAGGAUUUACAAUAAAUAUACCAUGGAAUAAAGCUGGGAUGGGAGAUGCUGAAUACAUAUCUGUAAUGCAAAACAUAAUUCUUCCUGUUGCUUAUGAAUUUUGUCCUGAACUUGUAAUAGUAUCAGCUGGUUUUGAUGCUGCUAUUGGAGAUCCACUAGGAGGCUGUAAAGUAACUCCAGAAUGUUUUGGUCAUCUAACCCAUUGUUUAAAGUCAUUAGCUAGUGGUAAAGUGAUAAUGGCUUUAGAAGGAGGGUACAAUAUAGAUGCAGUUUCUUAUUGUAUGACUAUGUGUACAAAAGCUUUGCUUGGUGAUCCAUUACCAUCAUUGCAAUUAGAAUUUCCAAUUUCUAAAAAUGCUCAACUUACAAUGAAAAGAGUAGUAAAUGUUCAAAAACACUAUUGGGCUUGCCUUAAUUGUUUUAAUUAUGAUAGAUUAAGUAGAUCCUCAAAGAGUAACAGCUAAUAAAUAAUAAAUUAUUUUCCUAUAUGAUUUUAUACAUCAAUUUUUAUAAAUUUUAUUUAACAUCAUUGUAGUUAAAAUUUGCUUGACUAAUACUUGUAUUUAUGUAUUAUAAUAAUAUUGUUAUUAACUUAUUGUAUAUCCUCAUUUUUAAAUGUUGUAAUUUUGUUA